AUGGUUGUCGGCAAGAACAAGAGAUUGAGCAAAGGAAAGAAGGGUAUUAAGAAGAAAGUCAUCGACCCCUUCACCCGCAAGGAAUGGUACAACAUCAAGGCUCCUUCUACCUUUGAGAAGCGUGAUGUCGGUAAGACCCUGGUCAACCGCUCCACUGGUUUGAAGAACGCCAAUGACGAGCUUAAGGGCCGUAUCAUUGACGUCUCUCUUGCUGACCUCCAGGGUCAGGAGGACCACUCUUUCCGCCGCAUCAAGCUUCGCGUUGAUGAGGUCCAGGGCAAGAACCUUCUCACCAACUUCCACGGUCUUGACUUUUCCAGUGAUAAGUUGAGAUCUUUUGUCCGCAAGUGGCAAACUCUCAUUGAGGCCAACGUUACCGUCAAGACCUCUGACGACUACUACCUCCGCAUUUUCGCCAUUGCUUUCACCAAGCGUGCUUCUAACCAAGUCAAGAGAACUUGCUACGCUCAGUCUUCGCAAAUCCGUGCCAUCAGAAAGAAGAUGUCUGAGAUUAUGGUCAGAGAGGCUUCCAACGUUACCCUUGCUCAGCUCACUUCCAAGCUCAUCCCUGAGGUUAUUGGCCGUGAGAUUGAGAAGGCUACUGGCAGCAUCUUCCCCCUCCAAAACGUUCACAUCCGCAAGGUCAAGCUCCUCAAGCAGCCUAAGUUCGAUCUUGGUGCUCUUCUUGCCCUUCACGGCGAGUCCCUCAAGGACGACAGCGGCAAGAAGGUCGCUACUGAGUUUAAGGAGGUUGUUCUUGAGUCCGUCUAA